GAUCAGUUUCUACUUUAAGGGAAAAAAAAGAAGAAAAACAAGGUCGGUUAUCAUUUCAUCUUGAACUCUUGAAGUAGUCCCUGUCGAGGCAGAGAACCUCUUAACUGCCAAGAGACAGAUUAUGAAGUAGAGGUAGUAAUUCUGCUCACUUCCAGGUGGUAGUUGAUGGGUAACCUUAAACAUUGCUUGAUUCCCUUGUAAUAUUGUAGUAUCAAAAAGUUCAAUGAUUGGUAUUGUUAUUAUUGGUGAUUUACCCAAUUCCCUGAAUUUACAAUGAAAUCUACUCUUAUAAGCACUAAUUCCUUACACCCAUUUGCUCCGUUCUGUGCGCACACAUCCUCUAAGCGAAAGAAUCCCAAUGUAUUCUGCAUAAAACCCAUUGCUUGGCCCACCCUACUCUCCUCGGAAUCUCAGUCCAAGCCAUCCAGAUUGGUUGUGCUUUGCACUUCCCAUACCGCAAGACCUUUGAAUGCCGAACUGAAGGAUCGUGGGGUGGAGGAGGUUCCGAGUGAAGACUUUGUUGAAGAUGAGAAUUCACAAAGUCAAUGGAAUGUGGCUGUGGGGAGCCCCAGUGUUCCGGCCAAUGUUGCGCAGGUGGCCAAGUUGAGCUUGAGUGACCAAGCGUUCUUUCUCUUGGCGUUCAUUGCUUGCACGACUUCUGUCGCAUUUACUAGCCUUGUUAUUGCAGCUGUCCCAACACUAUUUGCUAUGGGAAGAGCAGCAAUAUCUCUUUCAAAGCUAGCAGAUACAGCUCGUGAAGAGCUCCCCAGUACAAUGGCUGCUAUUAGGCUGUCUGGCAUGGAGAUCAGUGACCUUACGCUGGAACUAAGUGACUUAAGCCAAGAGAUAGCUGAUGGGGUCAGCAAAUCAACUCAAGCUGUGCAAGCAGCAGAAGCUGGAAUUCGUCAAAUUGGUGCACUUGCUCGCCAGCAAACUAUGUCAAUGAUUCAAGAGAGAGCUAGCCUGCCCAUCAUCUCUUUGCAACCUGUCGUUGCUGGAGCUGCAAAGAAGACUUCUAAUGCUGUUGGCCAAGCCACAAAGACCUUCAUGAAUAUCAUCUCUCGAGGGGAGUUCACCUCAGAGAACGAAGAGGACAGUGGAAUUGAUAGAGUGGAAAUUUAAUAACUUUGCUGCUUCCCAAUUAAGUAAUACCAUCUGUACAUGUUGCAUUGAAAUUAGACACCGGCGGAAAAAUGAUUGUGUGAAGGAUGGUUUUUAUGCCCAAAAAUUGUUUUGGGAAAAUAUCUACAAUCCUCCAUAAUAGAAGAAGUUUGAAACCCAAUAGAAAACAUACUUCACUUCGGAAA